AUGCUCUCUAUAAUCUAUUGUGUGUUUGUGCUCGAUGUUCAUGAUUUUAUGAACGGCGGAGAGAUCAGCGUGAAGGCAGUGAACGAUCGAGAGCUGGUGGUCGAAGGUCACUUGGAGAAGAAGGAAGACGGUUCCAAGUCCAGCAAGCGGUUCCUUCGGCGCUUCGUUGUUCCUGGAGACAUUCAGUUGGAGGCCGUCACUUCGGUCAUGUCUUCUGACGGUGUCCUGACAAUUUCGGCUCCCAAAAGAAAGCCAACGAUUGCAAUCCAAGAAGUCAAAGUACCAGUGACCAUCGAGGAAAAAGGAAGCAAGAGCCACACAGAGAUCGAAGACGAAAUCAUGAGCUCGGAAGGAGGUAGCCAUGAGGCUUCAUCAGCAUUCAAUAUCAGCACUGAAGGAAAACAAAACGAAAGUCAAACACGCAGGCACGUCAUUCCGGUUCACUACGAAGUUGGUAAUGAAAGCGACAGCCUCGAGCAACUUGAUCAGCAGCGUCAAGUUACUGUGAGGGACAGUCGAGUCUCCGAUGAUGCUGGAAAAUCGGAGUGUGAGGCGAAAGUGUCUUCUGAUUCCCUUAAGAGUAAACGCAAAUGCGCUUCAGGAAGUUCAUACUUGCCCAUAAUCAGGAAAGGUCUGUUUUCCGAAGACCAUUUCUUCGAGAAUGUACGUCAGAACUACAGUGAGGCUGUGAAGGAAGUGCUGGAAAGUGCGAAUGAAUGGUCCUGUGAAAGGGACGCCAUGCAGGUCUACCGAAAUUUGCGUCAACGCAAUCUGCAAGUAGAAAACCAAGCAUUCUCUGUGACUGAGGAUGAACACACUCACAAGGUUGUAAUGGACGUGCAUGACUUUACCAGCGGAGAUGUGACAGUGUCGCUGGUGGGAGGAAGUGAGCUUGUGAUCGAAGGGCAAGCAGAGAAGCAGGAAGGCAGUUGUUCGGCGAGGAAGAGCUUCUGUCGCCGCUUUUUGUUGCCUGAACUGGUUGAGCGAGACGCCAUUAGCUCGGCGCUGUCCUCCGACGGCAUUCUCAGCGUGAUCUCGUCCAAGAGAGGGAAGUCGGACGCGAAGGCAAGCAGCAAAGGCUUUUCGAGCGAGACGAAGACCCGGCUGGAGAACAAGACAGACAGCGGCCACAGCUGGGAGGAGAAAGACGUGGCGGAGUCUUUGAAAGAGUCCGACGGCCACAGCGUCCGCACCUUCGCCUCCAGCUCCCGCGCUCACCACCAUCAUUCCUACACAAACCAUUUCUAAAGUCACAGCUUUCCAGAUCUCUACUUCUGUAGUUUAGCUAAGUGUAGAUAAGAUUUAUUUUUGUUGACUGUUCAAGGCCAAAUUCGAUAUGUGAUAUGUGUGGUUUUGUGUGAGAAUGAUGUGGUCUUUUGCAGUCGACGAGUGGCAAGAGUUGAUUAGAUGCCAGGGGCAAGGAGCAAAAGAGAAAGACGAUAGAAUUACCAACAUUCCUUAAAUGUGAAUUCAUUUAUCAUUUCCUUCAGAGGAUCUGCAAAACAUAUUUUAUUAGUAAUGUUUAAGACUAAUGGGAUGAGAAAGAUCGAUUUUCACAAUGAUUUCUAAUAAAUAUAUAGAGACUAAAA